UUUUAUCAUAAAGGGAUGCUGGAUUUUGUCAGAUGCCUUUUGUGUGUCUACCAAGAUGACCAUGUGAUUUUGCUUUUAAUUCUGUUUAUGUGGUGUAUUACAUUUAUUGACUUGUCUAUGUUAAACCAGAAGACCUCGUGUGUUCUCAGGAGCUACCACGUGCCAUGGCCCCUUUGGGACAACUUGAGGCUGCAUCCUGGGGAAGAAGAACGCCUCCUGUCCCUAGUGCUGACUGCUGAGGACAACUUCGAUGUGAUUUCUCCACAGCCCAGCUUCUUUGGGGCAUUUUUCCUUCAUGGUUCAUCCAUGUGGCUCCAAAUGAAAAUUAUGUUACUUUGUUACGGAUGAAGAGUAUUGCGUUGUGCAGAUAUACUGCAGUUUCUUCAUCCCUUCAUCUGUAGAUGGACAGGUUACAUCAUGUUGCCACAGAUGACCUGAUAUCAGUACCCAUGUCUGGCUGAAGAGUAUCUGGUUGUGACUGGAUACUGCAGUUUCUGGAUCUCAUCCUCUGCGGGUGGACAGGAUGCCCAGCUUCGUGGAGCCACCUGACAUCAUGAAGAAACUGCCCUGGGUAGAAAACUACUGGCUAGAGGAUAUAUUGCUGGCCAAGCCCAAAGUGACCCAGUACUGCCUGAUCUGCAUGAAGGAAAGCUACACCAACUUCCACAUCGACUUGGGGCACCUCCGCCUGGUACCACGUGUUCAAGGUCGACAAAUGCUACAAGUGCAUCAUCAAGCAGGGCCAGAGCCUCUUCAUUCCCUCAGGCACUGACAGAACUCUCAUGGGCCCCAAGGUGUGCAGC